UGUAGUAUACAUAUAUAUAUUAUACGCGUGCGUAGUCACAUGAGGAAGAAAAUUAUGUAAAUGUGAAGCUGAGAUCCCUCCGUUCAUUUCGCCAAUAUUCAUCUUUGUAUUGCCAUUUAAAUGAACUCAUGUUCCGUAUGAGAUGUUCACAAAUAACUUUAUAUCAACAACUGACAUGGAUCGUGAACAUAAUACAUGUGUAUCAAAAGUGUGAUUCAAGUCAAGUUUAAUAUUCUUAAAAUUAAGGAAUAUGCCUACUUCUGGUUGUACGGACAUCACCAGUGUUGGAAUUUCGGACGGAUCUUUUGUCGUGUUCGACUGGGAUAAUACGCUAAAGCUUUACAACAAGGAGACAAAGUCGAUCUCAAGCAGGGUGGACAGGGAUGUGCUUCUGGCAUGGAAGCGUGGGCGGGGGUGCCGGAUGUACAUUAUUAGCGCCAUAUCCCCGUCUCGCUUAAACCUCGAGACACUCCUCAUGGAAGUGGAACGGCUGGGGUUGAGAGAUGUGUUUGUGGAACCGGGAGAGGGGAUCGUGCUGGUUCCCGGCAGGUACGCCCGCAAAGGAGGCGUGGUCGUGUGUGGGUACGAUAAGGCCGAGACAUUUCUUGAGAUCAGCGGAUUUGGUGGAGUGGAAUUCACACAAGACGAUGAUGAACACGCCGACGGAAUAUCCGCUUCGACAGCCAAAGUAGCCGAUAAUGUUGCACUAGAAACAAGUAAAAAUCGGGUUUCAGUACCUGCCGUUUUCUUUUUUGACGACGAGGAAGUCAAUGUGAAUAACUUUAGUUCGAUUGUGCCGGGGAGUAUGUGUUAUUUGGUUAAAUGAAUACUUAGUUACUAACCUUGGCUUAUUAAAGCGAGCAACUUCGAUAUUCGUGUGCUGACUCAGCGACGGAAGCAGACGACCAACUCUACCUAUUGUUUACAUCACCAUAAUCAGCCCCUAAAGAUCUCGUGUCCUAUAGCACAGUGAUAAAAAACGACUGUACCCAUACAUCAAUAAAGCUGACUUGUAUAUACUAUUAGUUGACAAUACUUAGAUGCUUUGAUUUAUUUGAAGUCACAGUCCUCAUGGGAGUGUCAUAACGAAAUUGUAAGAUCCGAAGGGAAGGCGGGUGUUGUAAGCGUCACGGAUUUUGAAUUCGUAAGCUUCAGUAUAAUAUUUUCACUCUAAGUUUUGCAUAAAAUCAAAAUUGAUAUAAAUUCAAAAAAAAAUGUUCAAGUAUUUCGGAGGAUGUUGCCUCUGCAGCCCCUCCCCCUCAAGCCACCCUUUCCUCCCUUGAAUCCAGAAUACCGCUCAAUUUUAAAUAUAUAAUAUUGCUUGAUAGUCCUUUAUUUUAAUAUACAUUUAACAUAAUAAUAAUAAUAAUAAUAAUAAUAAUAAUAAUAAUAAUAAUAUACUACUACUGCUACUGCUACUGCUACUGCUGCUGCUGCUGCUGCUGCUGCUGCUGCUGCUGCUACUACUACUACUACUACUACUACUACUACUACUACUAAAUCAACAAAAAAAUCAAUCAAUCAAUAAAUAAAUAAGCAGUACAAACAUGAUCUAUACACUUUAUCAAUGGGGAACCUUAACUUCGAGCUUUACUAAAUACAAUGUAGUUAUGCCUUUGUCUUGCUUACAUCUUCUAUUUAAGUCACCGUCUUGACGGAAUUGUAUGAUUUCCUAUUACCCCCAUUUCAUCAGUGAUAUUUUAUGUGUAAAACAUCAGACGCGAUCUUGUCGCCAAAGUAUAUAUUGCAUAUGCUCACAUUUUAUAUAAGAUUAUAGAUAUCAUAUUAUAUUGAAACUGUGUUUUGCAGUAAACCUACAGUGUCACCAAAUAUAUGAUGACUUUAACACAUAUAGUGUAAAAUAAUAUUAUGUAAACGACCUUUCGGGACAACUCUCUGUAUUGCAGUUAAAUGAUAUAUCGAAAUAAAUGUCAAUUGUUAACUAUUGACUCCAUGUCUAUUAAACUUAGAGAAAUUCAGUCGUCUGCGUCAUAAAGUCGUCUUUUUAUUUUAACUACGAAUACCUUCACGCAUAGUUAUUUAUAACAGGUUUGAUAAUGAUAUAUUUAACAUAUCUAUAAAGUACGCAUAGCAUCAUCACUCUGGUGCACGAGAUUGACAUUCACGUGGUAAGGUUGAAAGUUGAAUCCUUCCUUUUCUUAAAGGGAACUUGCUCUUGUUUUGAAAAUUAAACCUUUUUUGAAUGACGAAAUACGUUGUGGCAAAACAUAAGGUGUGUUAGAAAUUUAGAUACUGGCGGCUGGAACCCUUCAAAAAAUGUUGAUACAAAUGUAUAUGCUUAUAUAUUGUCUUUUAAGUCCACGAAUUUGAAAAGCAUUAGAAACGCUUUGCAACAUAAGACCUAAAGGUUGAGUUGUCGUGAUGUUUGUGUAUGAGUCCUUGUGGGCGAGUGGUUCUGUUGUCAGUUUUCUAUAUUUCAUUGACUGUAUCGGUAUGGGUUUGCAAUAGAAUAGUUUUUAUACUUAAAGUGCAGAGUUAUGUGUGAAAACAUUAUUUUAAUUUUGUUAAUAU